GCUGUAUCCCACAGAGCAGGGAGGACUACACAAAGCUCUCUUUCUACACCCGGUGCAUCUGGCCAGGAUUCGGUUCUCUAAGACUUCGAAGUCUAGAGAGGAGGGGUGCAAAUAUUCAGGCGCGACGACAGCAUCGCAGAAUGGCCAGCUUCUUAUGCGCGAGAACGUCCGUCAGGCAAAGGCUGUCACCCAUAAUAUCGAGUCCGUCAUGUCAGGGUAGACUAUUCUCGACAGCCAGGGACUCCAAGAGCUCCAGGUCUAGUCCUUUACUGCGGACCUCCGCUGCCAGUCUACCAUUAGGCAUCCGGUGCCGACGAAACUUGACCGUUUCUGCUGUCCGUAGAGGUUUAUUCUCCUCGGGUACCAAGAAGGAACCAGAACCGUUGUCUGCCGCACCUCCAGCGGACUCUCCGGCGCAUCAGCCGUUGGAAGUAGCGAGCAGAACAGAGAGCGUGCCAGACGCCCCUCCUACAGACUUACUGCCUGAUGCGGCACAAACGACAGUUGAGAACCUGUCCCUAGUUCCUGCUACAAUACCUCCAAUUCAGUACGGUGACCUUGAAGCUCUCGGCUUGACGUCCUGGUCACCCAUCGGCCUCUCGGCCUGGGCUUUGGAAAUCAUCAACGUCAGCACGGGCCUUCCAUGGCUGCAGACGAUCGUCUGUGGCACAGUGCUCUCCCGUCUAAUCAUCUUUCCCAUGUCGAUAGCGUCCAUGCGCGAGGCCGCCAAGAUGGCACCCAUAACCCCCCAGCUGAACCUCAUCCGGGAGGAGAUCGCCGAAGCUUCGAAGACCCAGAAUCGCGCACAGCUGCAAAGGGCUGCGUUGAUGCAGCGCAAGCUGUUGGCGGAGGCUGGUGCGAAGCCCGGUAGGAUGCUGUUCUUCAACAUUAUGCCCUUGCCGAUUUCGCUCGGAAUGUUUUUCGCUGUGAAGCGUCUUUGUGAGUUCCCGCUGGAACAGCUGAAAACGGGUGGACUGGAGGCCUUUGGUGGGGCAUACCUCGAUUUAACCGCGCAGGAUCCUACGUAUGUCCUGCCCGCGAUCGUCGUCGCGGUAGUAAACCUCCAGAUUCGGCUCGCGGCUCGUGAUAUGCAGACAAACGGCCAGCCGCACAUGCUGCACAUAAUCAAUGCAUUCCAUGUGUUAUCACUGGUUAGUUUCCCGCUUAUGGCCAAGCUCUCCAUCGGUGUGCUCUUCAACAUUAUUGCUUCCGUAAUCUUCUACGCUGCUCAAGUAAUACUCUUGCGGACCCCUGCCAUCCGAAGAGCUCUCAAGAUUCCUGCGCUUCCUCAGCAUAUGAAGCAGAAGGUUCCGUCUUUCGUGGAGACUUUCAAGUUCGGCAAGAACUGGUAUGCGCAGAGGGUGAAGGAUGCCCAGGCAGCACAGGGGAAAAAGUGGUAGACCCAUUUGGAGGGGAUGAUCCCCCGCAUAUCCGCAUAUCUAUUGCUGUCGAUGUAAAGUUAUCAUAGGAUCGUGUUAAUGCGUCAGUUAAUAGACCUCCCCGCUGCUCAUAGCUCUUAAUUAUGCCCUUCGA